AUGGCCGACGCACAGACAAAAGUGGCCGCUGUCCCCGGACGAGAAGAGCGCAUCAAGCUGAGGUCAGCCUGCGAUCGCUGCUCGCUGAACAAGAUCAAGUGCAGCCAGGAUAAGCCAGAGUGUCAGCGAUGCAAGACCAUUGGAGCGCAGUGCCAUUACAGUCGGUCGAUGCGAAUGGGCAAACCUCGCAAGUCGGCCAAGGCGAAGGCCAUGAUGAAUGCGAAAUUGCCUGGGAAGCCAGAUGUCAAUGCAACCACCGAUAAUUCUCUGCCAGGGAAUACGAACAUCAAUAACGACAAUGUGGUGAUUCCGACAACAGAACUUCCCUGGUCCGCCGAUUGGACUUUCGACAGUUUGUUAGCCGCGCACGAUCACAUGGCAAAUCCUGCCUCAGGCACCCAAGCGGACCCGUUCCGCGCUUUCUUCGACCAGCACAACAAUGGCACCGCAGUUGUGUCGACUGCAGAUCUCAUGAACGUGGAUGCGCUCUCUGCCUACAGCAACCCUCCUAGCCAGUCAGACGACGCUUUCUUGACCUUUCCUCAAUCGCCGGUCGGCGCACAGAAGCCCGUCAAGGAUGAGCCCGAGAAUGUCUAUCUCUCGCCCAGCAGCUACUAUGCGCCAUCGUUUGAAUCGACCCUUCUUUCCACCGGAUCAAGCCCUUUCGAGGACCUGGGUCCGUCUCUGUUGUCGCAGCAGAAUGCUCACGACUGCACUCAUCUGGCUCUGGAGACCAUGACUUCAAUAUGUUUGCCGUCCACGGUACAGAGAACUGCUGAAGGACAGCCGCGUCCGACCAUCGACCAAGUGCUCAAGAUUAACAGCGAGGCUAUGAAAAAUGUUUCUACCAUUCUUGCAUGCAGCUGCGCCAAGGAUUCAUCUUUUCCCAUGCUUCUCAGCACUAUCUUCUCAAAAGCACUGGCCUGGUACCGGGCUGCAGUCGAGUCACACGAUCUGCCAGACAGCAACGGCAACUGUAUCAAGGAGGAAGUCGUGCAUCGUCCCAUCAGCGUUGGCGGUUACGAACUAGAUGACGAAUCCAGCGAUCUGAUGAAGAUCCAAUUGGUCCUCAACCGUUUGCGCAUGAUGUCCAAGCCAAUCAAGCAGUACACUGAAAUGUACUCGAGCUCAUCGUGCUGCCACGAUCAACCCAUUUCGCCGCCCUCAACAGCCGGCAGUCCCACUGAUACCAAGACCUCGAAUGCCGCUUUUGCGGUCGGUCCAGCACAAAUGUACUCGACAAUGGGCAGUUUCAUUCAAGGAAACCUGCAAUCUACCAUUGAAGAGUUGCAGUCGAAACUUGUUUCGAUGGGUGGACAUCUUUGA